UAUGCUACCUAUGCGUCUCGCAGAUCUGGGACUUUUGAAUGUGUUAUCCUGGUGUUAUUUGCAUUAGUUGUUCAAGGUUUGAGUGGUAACUUCAUUCCUGACCGCUGCGUAAAGUGAAACCGCGACGGGCGACGUCCUCUAGGUGAAACUUGCGCAAUAAUGGCCUUCUCUAUAGUUCAUAGCCUCCUAACUAAAGAAGGCGAUGGUGCAAUGGACGGCAUUCUGGCAGCGACUAGUGCAGUGAAUGAUGUGAAACCGAGUGUUGAAGGCUUGGUUGACGAAAAUCAUUAUGCGAAUGAAGUUGCGGUAGACGUGAUUCCUACUGUUGAUCACGGACAUUAUGCGAACGAUGUUACGACGGACGUGAAGCCGAACAUUGACCAUGGGCAUUAUGCGAAUGAAUAUGCGUCGGACGUGAAGCCGAGUGUUGAUCACGAACAUUAUGCGAAGGAAGUUACGGUGGACUUAAAGCCGUUAGUUAAUCACGGACAUUAUUCGAAUGAAGUUAUCGCAUUGGUGUACAACAAGCCGAGUGUUGAUCAUGGGCUCUAUGGGAAUGAAGUUACGGAGGACGUGGAUCCGUGUGUUGAUCACGGACACUAUGCCAAUGAAGUUACAGUGGACUUGAAGCCGAUUGUUGAUCACAGGCAUAAUGCGAAUGAAGGUAUGGCUUUGGUGGACGAAAAGGCGAGUGUUGAUGAUGGACAUGAAUUGAAUACAGUUACUCUCUGUGAAGGUUCCGUUUCUGUGAAAUCCCGUGACCAGUACCAUUUGCUUGUGUGUGUAGAAGAUGGACUGCAUUCCUGCCGGCAGUGUGCCUAUACGACCACGGAUAAAGGACACAUGAAUGUGCACCUUCGCCAACACACAGGGGAGCGUCCCUUCCAGUGUCACCUUUGCCCGGCUACUUUUGUUGUGAAAGUCCGCCUCACAGAGCACAUUCGCACCCAUACCGGGGAGCGUCCUUUCUCCUGCACCCAGUGCAAUGCGUCCUUUUCAGUGAAAUGGAGCCUGACGAAACACUUGCCCACCCACACAGGAGAGCGUCCCUUUUGCUGUGUUAAAUCCUUUUCAAAGAAAUGUAACCUGAAGCAGCACAUGUGCACCCAUGCAGGAGAGCGUCCUUUCUCCUGUCUCUUCUGCAAUGCAUCAUUUUUUUGAAAGCCUGACCUCAGGGGACACGUAGUACGCACCCACACUGGAGAGCGUUUUCCUGUGACCAA